AUGUUGGGCAACGGUAGCAGCAGCAGCCCCAAUUGUACACUCUGCAGCCAGGACUUUGCCGGCGGUGUCGGCAAGGUGACCCUCAUGGUCCUCCUGAUCUUCACCAUCAGCCUGGGCAAUGCGGUGAGCCUCCUGGUUUUCCUUCGCGUCAAGCAGUUCCGAAGCCCUCAAGGCUACCUGAAAGCCUCUUUAGCCCUGGCUGACUUCACUGUAGGGGUCAUUGUAGUGCCUUACUCCGUAUACAAAGAGGUGAACAGGCUGGUUUAUGGGAUGGAGCAAGAGAUCGGCGAGCCUGGCCAGCUGACUUGCUACAUCGUCGGGCCCCUCUUUGCAGGCUCCACCCUUGUCUCCAUCACCACCAUCUUCCUCCUCUCCGUUGAGAGGAGCAUCGCUGUGCUGAAACCCUUGCACAAGAGAGCUGUGAUCACCAAGCGCAGGACUGUUUGGCUGAUCCUUGCCACCUGGGCCUUGAGCUUCUGCUUGGCAGUGAUCCCUCUGUUCGCCUCCCCGGAUAUUACCUUCCAGUACAAUUCCUGCAGCAGUUUGUGCAAUUAUGAGUUCCCGAAAAACAAGCCACCUCAGCCCCAUUGGAAUAUCAUGCUGCUCUAUCCAGUCUUUGAUUUCUCCCUCUUGGGUAGCACUUUAAUCAUCAACUGUGUCACCUUUGCUGCCCUCCACCAGUACUGCAAGACCCGGAAGCAGCUAGGGGGACAGUCACCGGGGGGCAGCCAGCUCUCCUUCUCAGACAUCAAUGCAGCCAAGAACAUCGGGGUCUUAACUUUUGCUUUUGCAGCUUCCUUCAGCCCCAUUGCUGUAUUUGUGGUGGGUUCUGUGGUGGGCUACACGUGGUGCCGUUUCUCCUUCUACGCUUUCUGGAUCCUCACGUCCAACAGCUGCUGGAACGUGGCCAUCUAUAGCGCCUGGGACCCCAGGUUUCGCCAGGGGGUUAGGGAGCUGUUCAGCAAGAGAGUGCUGAAAUCCGCCUCCCAGGGUACCAGUCACUCAGUGGAGGUGGACAGUACUUCUGCAGCCUGUGUGGUGGUCCUCAAGGAGAUGUUCCAUCCGGACGGUACUUGA